GCAAAAGUAAAAUAUCAAUAAACACCAGCGUGAGCAAUAACGGUUUCUGUAUAUUUUUUUUUGUUUCAAAUUUUAUGAAGAAAUCGUGCUGAGCGUUUAUAUUCGGUUUUCAUUAAAUGCCUCCUGUAGCACAAACGCGUCCACAGACACACGCACACCGACUCACACACGUGUACGGCCACACUUGGCGGAAAAUCCGUAUUUAGCUUGUAUAAAAAUCAAUGGUCGCAACUCAAGUCAGGUAUUCUGCCACGAUCAUUCAUCCUUAUUAAGUCGACGAUAUCGGACAAUCGCCGCUUCCGUUACACAUUUUUUUCAUUGCAAAAAGUGAAGUGAUUUUUCCAAAAUUUAAGUGCUUUGCAAGCAUUAAGUGAACAUUUUUCCUAGUUUUUUCCGUGUUUAAAAAGAAGAAUCAAUCAAAAUGCCUGGCCGUCCAUUGUGGCAAGUAGCUGGAAAGCGUGUCCCAGAGGAAGAAUUGCAAGCACAGCAAUGGAUUGAACAGCUCAUUGGCGAGCGUUUUCCCAACGUUCCAUUCGAGUAUGCACUCCGUGACGGUAUUAUUUUGUGCAAAUUGAUGAACCGUUUGGCACCAGGAAUCAUUCAAAAAAUCAACACAAGCGGCGGCGACUAUAAAAUGAUGGACAAUAUCAACCAAUUCCAAAGAGCAUGCACAUUGUACGGUGUCGGUGAUGUCGAUUUGUUCCAAACCACCGAUUUGUGGGACUUCAAAAAUAUCGCUCUUGUCACCCAAACCAUCUUUGCCAUCGGACGUGCUACCUACAAGCACCCAGAAUAUAGAGGUCCACACUUAGGCCCACGUCCAGCAGAAGAGAACAAACGUGAAUUCACAGAGGAAACACUCCGUCAAAGUGAAGCAAUUAUAGGUUUGCAGGCUGGUACCAACCGUGGUGCUAACCAAUCUGGCCAAAACUUCGGAGCCUCACGUAAAAUCAUCCUCGGCAAAUAAAUUGGGGCGAUCAUUUUAGCAUCAGUAGAUUUAUCAUGUUCAAACAGCGUGUUUUUUUCUUUCUUUCUUUAAAGACCUAUUGUUUUCCUGCAAUUUUGGUUUGCUAAAUUUUGUACAAUAGAAUUAGAAAUGUAAGCAUUUACCUAUCCACAACAUUAGAUAUCAAAUGAAAUUCAUGUUUUUUUUUGUUCAACAACUCAAAAUAAAACAGUCUAGCUGUGCAA